CUUCCGGUUGUGCGUGAGUACCGAGCGGAGCCGAGACCCAGCGGAGCCUGAAUCCCGAUAAGACAAGAUGGCCGGGCUGCCCCGCAGGAUCAUCAAGGAAACCCAGCGCUUGCUGGCAGAACCAGUCCCUGGGAUAAAAGCAGAGCCAGAUGAGAGCAACGCACGUUAUUUUCAUGUGGUCAUUGCAGGUCCACAGGAUUCCCCCUUUGAGGGUGGGACAUUUAAACUUGAACUAUUCCUUCCAGAAGAAUAUCCAAUGGCAGCUCCUAAAGUACGUUUCAUGACCAAAAUUUAUCACCCUAAUGUAGACAAGUUGGGAAGAAUAUGUUUAGAUAUUUUGAAAGAUAAAUGGUCCCCAGCUUUGCAGAUCCGUACAGUUCUGCUAUCAAUCCAGGCUUUGCUAAGCGCUCCCAAUCCAGAUGAUCCUUUAGCAAAUGAUGUAGCAGAGCAGUGGAAGACCAAUGAAGCCCAAGCCAUAGAAACAGCCAGAGCAUGGACUAGGCUAUAUGCCAUGAAUAAUAUUUAAAUUCGCUCUGAACAUCAAGUGUGCAUCACUUCUCCUAUUCUGCCAAGACCUCUUCUCUUUUUUUCUUUUGUUUGCAUUUAAUGGACACAGUCUUAGAAACAUUACAGAAUAAAAGCCCAGACAUCUUCAGUCCUUUGGUGAUUAAAUGCACAUUAGCAAAUCUGUGUCUUGUCCUAAUUCACUGUUGUAACGCAUGAGCAGAGGCUAGAAAUAUCAUCUGGAUUGUUGUGAAAUUGUUUAAAAGCAGUAGCACAUCUCUGCUUUUAAUAACUUUUUCCAUCAUGGUUUAAGUAUAAGCACUGUGAAUGAAGGUAGUCACGGUUAGCUGCAGGGUUUUUUGUUUUAAUUUUGUGUGCUCCUCCUCUUCCCUUUUUUUAUGGUGAUGCUAAAUGCAUUGGUUAAAGCAGCUAACCAGUUACACUUUAGGAUAUGCCCUCUAGCCAAGUCUAACUUAGAUGCUGUAGAUGGACAAGCUUGAUUGUUUGAACAAAAAUGGGAACAUUAAACAUCCAUCACCUUCACUAAUAAUAUUGUGAUUCUGCUGUCAAGUGUAGAAACCUCCUUUCAAGAAAAAGCUUGUGACCAUUUUGUAUGGCUUGUCUGGAAAAUCUUCUGUAAAUCUUAUGUUUUAGUAAAAUAUUUUUUGUUAUUCUA